AUGGCCUUUCUUCUGCCCAUCGUGCUUUCGUCCUUUUUCAGCUUUGCCAAGAAUCUCUUAGUCCCGCCUGCUAAUUACGGUAUUGGCCAAAUUCGUCCCGUCAUGACUCUCCCCGAGGCCUUCAGAGCUGCCAACGGCAGUGGGAGGACCAAGGUUGUUCUUGUCAACAACGGCUUCGCCGCGGGCGAUAUCGACCGCCUGCUAGACAGGGUUGCCAACGCCGCGACAGCGACGGACGUAUCCAUGAAAGUUGUGAGGAUAAGCCGUGAAGACGACCUGGCUACGACUUGCCGCAGCAGCUUGCGCGGAGUUUCGACGUGCUUCUGCGCCGUGGUGAUGCGCUCAUCGCCAACUGAGGGCCCCGGCGGUUUCUGGAACUACACCAUUCGGACUGACGCUGCCUUUUGGAGGGAACCUGUCAAGUUCGACGCCCUCAAGUCCACCAAUGUCGAACAAGUCUACAUCCUGCCCAUGCAGAGGGCCGUUGAUGCCUUCAUUGCCGCCUUCAAUGGUUCUGCCGAGGACCCUUUGGCCAAGACCGACGGGCUACCAUUCGCCAGCAUGUCACAAGCCGAACGGAAUACAAAAGUCCGCCAAGCUUACCACAAGGCCAUCGUCAACUUCAUGGCGGUUGCCUUCAUCGCCAACAUCUUAUGGGUCACCUACCACCUUACUGGAUUUGUCGCUACUGAACGUGAAAGUGGCAUGUCGCAGCUUAUAGAUUCCAUGAUGCCCGUCGACAGGCCAUGGAAAGCUCGAGCUGUUCGCAUCAUUGCCCAUCAUCUAUCAUUUUCCAUGAUUUACGCUCCUGCAUGGAUAAUUGGCUCCAUCAUCAUCCGGUUUGGUGUUUUUGUGAAGACUAGCAUCGCCGUUGUUUUGUUUUUCAACUUGUUUUCUGGGCUUUCCUUCGUAUCCAUGUCCAUUCUCUUUGCUUCCUUCUUCAAAAAGGCUCAGCUGAGCAGCAUCACCACUUUGAUCAGCAUCCUGCUCCUCGGCAUUUUGGCCCAGGCGCUCACACGGCCAACCAUCGGCCCCGUUGCCACCCUAUCAGUGCUCUUUGCCCCUUGCAACUACGUCUACUUUCUCACAUUCAUGGCCAAGUUUGAGAAGCAGAACACUGCGGCCGACCUCGCAAGAACCCCGCCCGCUAGCUCUUGGGCGAUGCCUGGUGUCAUCUUUUUCAUCAUUGCUAUCGCUCAAAUCAUUGUGUAUCCACUACUGGGCGCCAUGGUCGAAAAGAACCUCUACAGCACAACUACAGACGGACGCAAGAUUCAGCUCCAAGAGGGCGGCGAGGGUUCUCUGCUCGAGAACGCCGUUGAGUUGAACAAGCUCACCAAGAUUUACUAUCCGAGCUUUUUCUCCCGCGUCUUUUCUUUCACAUCCAAGCCCCGCGAACCUGUCGUGGCUGUGAAUGAGCUUAGCUUCCAGGCGCGUCGAGGUCAAAUUGUCGCCCUGCUGGGAGCAAAUGGAAGCGGCAAGAGUACCACUCUGGACGCAAUAGCAGGCCUGCACAAGCUGACCAGCGGUUCCAUCUCCAUUGACGGCAGGGGUGGGCUUGGUAUUGCACCGCAGAAGAACGUCCUUUGGGACGAUCUGACUGUUCAAGAGCACCUUGUCACGUUCAACAGAUUAAAGACCGGCGACGCUCCUGCCUCCAAGGCCGAAAUAUUGGAACUCAUUAGGUCGAUUGACUUAUUCCCUAAACGCAAUGCUCUGGCCAAGACUCUGUCCGGCGGCCAGAAGCGAAAGUUGCAGCUGGGGAUGAUGCUGACUGGCGGAAGUGCCGUCUGUUGUGUCGAUGAAGUGAGCAGUGGGCUGGAUCCCUUGUCUCGACGAAAAAUCUGGGAUAUUCUUCUCGCAGAGCGUGGAAGACGCACCCUGAUUCUCACAACCCACUUCUUGGAUGAGGCUGAUCUCCUUGCUGACCAUAUUGCCAUCCUUUCCAAGGGGAGUCUCCGCGCGCAAGGCUCAUCUGUGGAACUAAAGGACAGAUUUGGCAGCGGAUACCGUGUUCAUGUGGAAAAGAAUUCUCGUACAGCAUACCUGCCCAGCAUCCCAGGCGUCCAGAAGAAGGAGGCAUUCGAAUCGGCGACCUACGUCGCACCCACGUCCAACUUGGCCGCUCAGGUCAUCAGGUCUCUCGAAGGCAGUGGCGUCUCUCAGUAUCGCUUCUCUGGCCCGACCAUUGAAGAUGUGUUCCUUCAGCUUGCAGAGGAAAUCAAAGAUGAAGAGGCGUUCAAAGGCGCCAGCGCAGGUGUCCUCGGAGAAGUGGACGGUACAAACGAAAAAGACCUACCUUCUUCAACAGAGGGCUCUACGCUCCAAGGCUUGAGGUUGCUUGACGGCAAGCGAGUUGGCUAUGUCAAGCAGGCCCUGAUCCUUUCCAGAAAGCGUCUCACCGUGCUUAAACGCAAUUGGAUAUUGUAUCUCAUCGCGUUUCUUUUGCCCAUCUUUGCCGCUGGCCUCACGGCUCUCUAUGUCAGGGGCAAGAAACAGGUCGGUUGUGCACCCGCUGACCAAGUCUCCUCUUCCGUAACCGAGGACGCUUUUACGCAAGUCAAGAACACCACCAAGAUUAUCUUCCUGGCUGGACCAGCUUCUAGGCUCUCUGUCGCGACUGUGACGGGCUUGCUGCAACCAAUAUUCAAUGGUUCAAGAAGCGGCGCGUCCGUGGGUUCCGCGGCUUUGCAGAAUCUCAGACUGGUCGAUUCCUUUGAUGAUUGGAAGCAGCAAAUCAACAACGAAUUUCGCAACAUCACCACGGCAGUUUGGCUUGGAGACGAAACCUCAAACCCGACCGUCGGCUGGGUAGCCAAUCUUUUCAUCACCAGCUCAAUCACCUCCCAGCAGGUCCUCGACAUCUUCCUGACAAACACGACCAUCGCCACAACCUGGUCGUCGUUCGACGUGCCCUUCAACCCCGGCAUCGGCGAUGCCCUGAGUCUGGUGGUUUACAUGGGUCUCGCACUAUCUUGUUACCCUGCAUUCUUUGCUCUCUACCCAACCGGUGAGCGAAGACGAUUUGUGCGAGCCCUGCAGUAUUCCAACGGUGUUCGACCCUUCCCGCUUUGGGGAGCCUACCUGUUGUUCGAUUUUACUAUUGCUGUCAUUUCCACCGCACUUUUGACUGCAUUGUGGGCUGGAAUCUCCAGCAUCUGGUUCCACCUGGAAUACGUGUUUGUUGUCUUCCUCCUGUAUGGGCUUGCAUCAAUUCUGUACUCGUACUUCGUCUCCCUCUUCACGAAAUCCCAACUGGCCACUUUCGCUUGGUCGGCUGCCUCGCAAGCAGUCUUCUUCCUUGGUUAUUUGAUUGCAUAUAUAUGCGUAGUCACAUUUGCAGAGGUUGAUGACAUCGAUUCACUGUUGCUGAUAUGCCACUUUGUGAUAUCUAUCUUCUCGCCGGUCGCGAACGCAACCAGGGCCAUGUUCUUGGCGACAAAUCUGUUCGCGACGGCUUGCGACGGCGGCCAGGUAUCCAAGAAGCCCGCGAGACUUGUCGGAUACGGCGGCCCCAUUCUUUACCUGGCGAUCCAGUGCGUCGUCCUCUUCAGCCUAUUGCUGUGGUUCGACAGCGGCAGUGUCGGCUCAUCCAUCCGCGGGCUCUUCCGUCGCAGUGAACCUGUCGCGGUUGCCGAUGAGCUGGCCACAGAGACGGCUGACGAGCUGACCAGAGGAGCCAGCCCAGGGCAAACUGGUGAUGGUUUGCGCGUCGUACACUUGACAAAAUCUUUCGGGAAGAAUACGGCAGUGGACAAUGUCAGCUUUGGCAUCAAGCGCGGCGAGGUAUUUGCCCUCUUGGGUCCCAAUGGAGCCGGCAAGUCGACGACUAUUUCUCUCAUCAGAGGCGAUAUAAAGCCAAGCCCCAACGGCGGCGACAUUUUCGUCGAGGACGUAUCUGUUUCGAGAGACCUGGCCGCAGCACGCACACACCUCGGCGUGUGCCCCCAAGUCGAUGCCCUGGAUCAGAUGACUGUUCGGGAGCAUCUCGAAUUCUACGCCCGGAUCCGUGGCGUGCCCGACAUCGAGCACAAUGUUUCGGCGGUCUUGCAAGCCGUCGGCUUGGAGGCAUUUGCAUCCCGCAUGGGCUACGCCCUCUCUGGAGGAAACAAGCGCAAGCUGAGUCUGGGGAUUGCACUAAUGGGCAAUCCCACCGUGGUGCUCCUCGAUGAGCCAUCGUCUGGCCUCGACGCCGCCUCCAAACGGAUCAUGUGGAAGACGCUUGCCGCCACCGUUCAUGGCCGCUCCAUCCUCCUCACAACUCACAGCAUGGAGGAGGCGGAUGCCCUCGCCGGCCGGGCGGGCAUCCUCUCACGCCGCAUGAUUGCUCUUGGAACCCCCGACAACCUCCGCCAUCGCUUCGGCGACAUGCUCCACGUCCAUCUCGUGUCCAGCGCCGCCCCUCGAACCACCGACGAGGAAAUGCAGCGCCUCAUCUCGUGGAUACAAGCCCGCCUACCGUCCGCCAAGGUCGACACCAAGACAUACCACGGACAGCUGCGCUUCUGCGUCUCGGCAAGCGAAAUGUCGGUCCUCCACAGGCAAGGCGCCAACAGCACGGCAGAAGACAUUACGUUGCACGACAGCGACAUGGCCCAUGCCGCCCGCCAAGGCAGCGCCAUGGGUCAACUCAUCGUCCUUCUGGAAGAGAAUAAGAAGAUGUUGGGUCUGAGUCACUACAGCGUCAGUCCUACCACGCUGGACCAAGUCUUCUUGGCUAUUGUGAGCCAACACAAUGUCAGGGAAGAGAAUUACGAAGAGAAAAGGCAGAGCGGGUGGUUCAAACUGAUUUGCUUCCAGCGUCCCAAGAAUUAG